AUGGCAUUAAUUGGCCCCGCCCGCUGUGCAAACAACACCGGCCUCCCGGAGCUUCUCUACCCCAACACCUGCGGCUUACCAAUCUACCAACGCUGGAACACCACACAAGACCCCUACACGACGUUAGGAGAAUGCUGCCACGAAGUAAACGGUAGCAUAGGCUACUUCGGCGAGGAGAGCUGUGCAGCGUAUUGCAAUGCCACGGAGAGUACCCACGGACAGUUAAAGGAUUGCCUUUCGCACUCGCGGGAGAUCAGCCAAUUCGGGUGCUCUGGUGCUGCGGCAACGAAGACGAGUCUGUGGAGUGCUGUGGUGUUAAUGGGAUUAACUUUGAUACGAACGGGCAAAUGGCACUCCAUUGGGUUGAGAAUCGAGACCGUGAAGCAGUUGUCGGCUUCCUGCGGCCGCGAUAUAUCUUCGUGUCUCCGCGGUGAAAUGGUGACUGCCAAGUCGUCAAUGGUCCCGGUCUUCGACGCAACAGGAAGAGAAUAUAAAAACAGAACAGAAGGCGUGGAACAACUGCGCACCGAGAACAAAGAUUUUGCACACGGCGGGAUCAGUCCGGCGGCAGUAACAGUUUACAUGGCUCCUGCAGUCAUUCUUUCUGCGGUUAAAAAUGGGGUUUCAUCGGCCCGUUACUCGGUGGCCUGGAAGCAGUGGGACUACCGCUGCGGCAGGGCAGGGAUAAGUAUUGGACGGAAUUCGACUGUGCCCGAUGAGCACUUCCGCGAGCACUUCCGCAGGCACAAAUAG